UUUUGGCAUCAGCAGGCCCUGGAUGUCCAUCUCUAAGGGAUCUGGCAGGAAAUUACAUGUGAGGAGAAAAAGAAGUGUGAACAACAAAGCAUGAAACAAACAAACCAGCUGCAUCACAGAAGGUAUGGCAAAUGGACUCAUGGAAUAUUUGAGAAAAUGGGGAUCCCGGGUCCAAAGCCGUACACGUACUGGGGCACAAUUGGCAGGCACAGCUCUGUUUACUACCUGGAUGACGUUGAGUGUACUCGGAAGUAUGGAAAAGUAUGUGGAAUAUACGAGUUUAGAAAGCCCGUUCUGGUUGUGAUGGAACCUGACAUGUUGAAAACCAUCCUGGUGAAGGAGUGCUUCAGCUACUUUACCAACCGGAGGAACUUCCAGCUGAAUGGGGACCUCUAUGACGCAGUGUCUAUUGUUGAGGAUGAUCAAUGGAAACGAAUCCGUAACAUCAUCACACCCUUUACCUCUGGUCGUAUAAAAGAGAUGUUUCGCAUCAUGAAACAUCAUUCCCGCAAACUGACUGACAGCCUGCAGCCCAAGGCACAGAAUAAUGAAGUUAUUACUGUAAAAGACUUCUUUGGAGGCUACAGUCUGGAUGUGAUGGGGAGCUUUGCAUUGAGUGUGGAUAUGGACUCAAUCAACAACCCCUCAAGUCCCUUCGUCACCCAUGCCUCGAAGUUCUUCAGAUUCUCCUUAGCCACUUUUACUUUGCAAGGGUGUUUCCCUGUAUUUACUCCUCUCUUGAAUAUGCUGGGUGUCUCCAUUUUCCCUAAGACUACCACUAAUUACUUUAAAUCGGUUCUGGAGAAGGUCAGAGCAGAACGCAAUGGGAGCUCACACCAGAAUUCAGAAGAUAUGCUUCAACAAAUGAUCAACACUCAGACUGCCGGUGAAAGCAAGAAUAAAAAGCAGAAUAAAGGGCUUACUGAUCAUGAGAUCAUUUCUCAAGCCACAAUGUUCGUGUUUGCCGGUUACGAGACGAGUGCCCUCACUCUCGUUUUCGUGGCCUACAAUUUGGCAAGAAACCCUGAAGUCAUGAAACGCCUGCAAGAGGAGAUAGACUCCACUUUCCCUAAUAAGGGUGCAGUCCAAUAUGAAGAUCUGAUGCAGAUGGAGUACCUAGACAGUGUCAUCAAUGAGACUCUGAGGCUCUACCCUCCAGCUGCACGUCUGGAACGAGUUGCCAAAGAAACUGUAAAGAUCAGUGGAAUCACAAUCCCAAAGGACAUGAUUGUUAUGGUUCCAGUCUACGCUCUGCACCGCGACCCUGAGCUGUGGCCAGAGCCAGAGGAGUUCAAACCGGACAGAUUUAGUAAAGAGAACAAGCCGAGCAUCAACCCAUACACUUACCUGCCUUUUGGGGUCGGGCCAAGAAACUGUCUGGGGAUGCGAUUUGCUCUGGUGAUGAUUAAACUGGCCUUGGUGGAAGUUUUGCAGAACUACAGCUUCUCCGUCUGCGGGGAGACCGAGAUCCCUUUGACGCUGGACCCUCAAAGCUUAAUUGGACCCCUAAACCCGAUCAAACUACAGCUGGUGACACGUUUGAUCACCUCAGGAAAUGUGGACAUGUCCGACUAGGAGGUACUCGGAGAGAGACGUCCCUCAAGGCUGAACGAUCCUCUAAUGGUGUCAUUUUAGCAACUGAAAAUGCUACUUAAAGAUUAUUAUAGGUUUUCACAAUCUGUAAUCUAUUUCUUCUGUUAUAGCUGCUUGUAUGAAUGAUUGUAUCAUCGCCACAUGGAGCAUAAUGAUUAACCUGUGAAUUAAA